AUGGUUCAAAUACCUUCAAUCCCAGCCCCGGCAGAGGCCAAACCACCUACCCCGGAAGGAUUGAAUGCCGACCCCGAAUUCGUUCCCAUGAUGGCGGAUUGCUACACCAUGUUCGACAAGUUUUGGGCUUUGGACAUGGCCGAGUACAAAGCGGCAUGGUUGUCCGCCCCGGGGGCGCUGCGUCCCGAGGUGCCUGGUUUGGAUCAGAUCGACGUCCGUCUCGAUCGCGCACCGGUCUCUGACGGCACCCUCCUUGAAAUCCAAAUCUACUCCCCCAAGGACGCCGACGACAAGAUCCUCCCUUUGAUGUACGUCGUGCACGGAGGUGGUUGGACCAUCGGUUCCCACAGUGUCGAGGAAGGUGUGAACAGAAACGUCUGUGUGAGGAACCAAAUGAGAGUGAUCAGCGUGGAUUACCGAAUGGCACCCGAAUUUCGAUUCCCCUAUGCGGUCAAUGAUUCAUGGGAUGUUCUUGUUUGGUGUCAAAAGAAUGCUGAAAAGCUCAAGAUCGACCCGAAUCGUAUAAUUCUUGGUGGAAGCUCUGCCGGUGGGAACUUGGCUGCCAUCAUGGCACAACGUGCACGAGACGAAGGGUUCAAGGGUAUCAUCGGUCAGGUCCUAAAUAUCCCUGCAACUUGCCAUCCCGACCUCUUCCCGAAAGAAAAGUACAACCACACUAGCUGGAAAGAAAAUUUUCACGCUCCGAUCGUCGACUAUCCCAAGUUGAUCUGGUACUGGGAUCAAUAUCUUCCCAAUGUGACGAGAGAUGUCAGGCAUAGUCCGUUACUUGCGGACUCAUUCAAGGGUCUCCCGCCGGCAUUGAUACAGGUCGCUGGGAUGGAUACUCUUCGAGACGAUGGCCUGGCCUAUGGUGAAGCUUUGAAAGAUGCCGGCGUUGACACGACUGUUGAAUUGUACCCUGGCGUUCCGCAUGGAUUUUCAUUCAUUCCACAAUUGUCCAAGACGGCAGAAUACGAGGAUAAUAUUAUUGAUUGGAUUUCGAAACGAGUGUAA